AUGGUCGACGACGGUGUAGUCAGGGUGGUCCGAAACCCGCAAACGCAACAGGCUGCUCGAGAAGAAGCCGUCAGAAAUGACGACUGUUGGGACUUUGAAAACAUGGGAAGCCAUCUUCAAGUGACACACAUCGACGGGACCGUCCGGAAUGUGGACAGGGACGCUCUCGGCACUACCAUCUCUUCAGAAAGUGGCAGUAUCUGGCUAUUGAUGUUGGCCCAAUCAUUGGGCAUCACAGCCGCCUUUCUGGGUUGGGUAGCACCCGGAAACACGAGGUACUUCAUGGGAAGUUCCAUCGGAUUUCUCCUCCUCGGUCGACUCUCGGACCUGUACGGAAGGAGACAUAUCAUCGUCGGAACCUCCCUUCUGGGAGUCGUCGGCUGCCUCCUCGGCUCCUUUGCGGUCAACGCCGAGAUGCUCAUUGCCGCCAAUAUCUUCAACGGAAUGGCUGCUGCCGCCCAGCUACCUCUUGGAGUUGCUGUGGCCGAACUCGUGCCGAACAAGGACAGAGCAAGAACAGCUGCCGGCACUCUUGUACUGCCAUUCCUUGUUGCUGGUUUGGGCUCUGCCACAAUCCCAUCCCUGUUAGACGAUGGUAGUUCGGUGCAAUGGCGUUGGGGUUAUUACACGGGAGCAUUUCUUGCUUUCGUCUCCUUUCUCUUGUAUCUGGGACUUUAUCGCCCACCUUCGUUCAAGCAGCUCAACGUGGCUGGGAAGACCAAGCUUGAGAUGAUCAAGCACUUGGACUUUGUCGGCAUCUUCCUCUACGUCUCUGGCUGCGUUUUGUUGCCACUCGGAUUCUGUUUGGGAAUCUCCUCCUACCCUUCUGUUGGCAAGGAGGUCAUUGGAACCCUAGUCGGUGGUUUCUCAGCGCUUGUCUUGUUUGUAAUAUACGAAGCAUUUUUCACCGCCGAACAGCCUCUCAUGCCUCCAAAGAUGUUCAAGAAUGUCCAGUUCGCAAGUCUCGUUGCUUGUGCAACUUUCUCCUCGAUAGUUUUCUACGCCCUCACCGUCCUCUGGCCAUUUGUUAUCGGAAAGGUUUUCAACAAGGACUCGGACACGGUUGCUUGGUCUGCCGCAUUGCUACCCUUUGGUGCUACACUCGGAAUAGCCUUGACAGCUGUACCGUCACUACGUGGUGAACGCUCCAGAAAACAGUGUAUGGUAGCGUCAGGUGUGGCUCUGGCUCUCAUGGCUCCAUUAUGCACUAUAUGGUUUGACACUCGCCAUGGACUAAUUGUUCUAGUGGGCAUAUGUGCGUCUUUUGCUCUUGGUCACAUUGUUGCCAUUGCCAUCACUGGUGUCACCCUUGUGUGGGAACCGCAAGAUAUCGGCCUCGCAUCAGGAGUCCUCGGCUCAAUAUGUAGCUUGGGCUGUGCCUUCGCAAGGGUAUUGGUUACCUUGUUAUUGAGGAAAAAGCUGGAGGAGGAUCUGACCAACUCCGUCACGCCCGUUGUCUUGGACGCUAUCCUGCCGGGCCCUAUUCUGAAACAACUGGUCACCGCCAUCCGAGAGCAAGCAACAAUGAACGGGAAAACCAACUUGACGGCGUUCACAUCAGUGAGCGUACUCUCCAGGUUUGCAAUUACCAACGCAAUUCAAGCCGGAUACAGUUAUUCACUUCGAUUUAUCUUCCUCGCCAUCAUCCCUUUCUCCGCUAUCCUCUUGAUCGCCGCUUGCUUCGUUCCAAAUCUGGACCAAUUCAAUACUCUGAAAGUUGCAAGAAGAUUGCGAGAUCCUAAUGGCAACGCCCCACAGAAUGAUGAAGAAGCGGCCGAAGAACCAGGACUUGAGUUGUCGAUGCUUGGUCGGCCUGUGUCAGCCGCAGAUGUGAUUUGA